ACACAAUCCUUGACCAAACGCAACAAUUCAAGGCUUUUUAGUCGCCAUGUUGUUUUGUCACGUGACGAGGUGGCAAAGAGGUGAAUGCGCCGGGUCAAAUUUAUGAAGAACGGGAAAAAAUUAACGCGUAUUAACUGACACAAUUAUUUAAAUAUUUACGAAAAUGGAUCCUCGUAAAUUAACGGAAUUAUUACGUGCUACUAUUGACCCGACUCAACAGAAGCAAGCUGAGGAUCAAUUAAAUCAGAUUCACAAGAUAAUAGGUUUUGCACCAAUACUUUUACAAGUAGUUAUGUCAGCUGAAAUUGACAUGCCUGUUCGACAAGCUGGUGUUAUUUACUUGAAAAAUUUAAUUACCACAAAUUGGGCUGACAGAGAAUGCGAUCAUGGAACUGUAGAAUUUAGCAUUCAUGAGCAAGACCGUGCUAUGUUACGUGAUGCAAUAGUAGACGCAGUUGUUCAUGCACCUGAUUUGUUAAGAGUGCAAUUAGCGGUAUGCAUUAGCAAUAUAGUUAAACAUGAUUUUCCUGGAAGAUGGACCCAAAUAGUUGAUAAAAUUACGAUAUAUCUACAAAACUCCGAUGCUUCUUGUUGGCCUGGUGUUCUACUUGCUUUAUAUCAACUUGUUAAAAAUUUUGAAUACAAAAAAGCAGAAGAAAGAGGACCAUUAAAUGAAGCAAUGAAUUUGCUUUUACCUAUGAUUUAUCAGUUGGUAUUACGUUUAUUACCAGAUCCAUCCGAACAAUCAGUUUUACUUCAGACACAAAUUCUAAAAAUCUUUUUUGCCCUUACUCAGUAUACGCUGCCUUUGGAUCUUAUAUCAAAAGAAGUAUUCUCUCAGUGGAUGGAUAUUGUGCGACAAGUAGCAGAUAGACCAGUACCACCUGAGACUCUCAAUCUUAAUUUAGACGAUGAUGAACGUGUAGAACUUCCUUGGUGGAAAUGUAAAAAAUGGGCUUUGCAUAUUCUUCAUAGAAUGUUUGAAAGAUAUGGUAGUCCUGGUAAUGUAACCAAAGAAUAUAAGGAAUUUGCUGAAUGGUAUCUUAAAACUUUUAGCGCAGGUAUUUUAGAAGUUUUGUUGAAAAUUUUGGAUCAAUAUAGAAGGAAAAUUUUUGUCUCACCACGAGUUGUACAACAAUCGAUCAAUUACAUCAAUCAAGGUGUUAGUCAUGCUUUCUCCUGGAAAUUUUUGAAGCCUCAUAUGUUUGAGAUCAUUCGUGAUGUACUAUUUCCAAUUCUUUCUUAUUCCGAAUCUGAUCAAGAAUUGUGGAAUAGUGAUCCACAUGAAUACAUAAGGGUUAAAUUUGAUAUAUUUGAGGAUUUCGUUUCGCCAGUAGUAGCAGCACAAACAUUAUUACAUUCUGCAUGUAAAAAACGAAAAGAUAUGCUUCAAAAAACAAUGCACCUAUGUGCGGAAGUUUUAACAAGUCCAAACGCUGAACCACGACAAAAAGAUGGCGCAUUACAUAUGGUUGGAAGUUUGGCAGAUGUUUUGCUUAAAAAGAAAGUGUACAGAGAACAAAUGGAUAAGAUGUUAGUACAACAUGUGUUUCCAGAAUUUAAUAGUCCACAUGGUCAUAUGCGAGCGAGGGCUUGUUGGGUUUUACAUUAUUUCUCUGAAAUAAGAUUUAAACAAGAAGAAAUUUUAAUUGAAGCAGUUAGACUGACAACGAAUGCUCUUUUAAAUGACCGUGAUUUGCCUGUUAAAGUUGAAGCUGCUAUAGCACUUCAAAUGUUUCUAUGCUCGCAAGAAAAAGCUCAGAAAUAUAUAGAACCACUUGUAAAGCAAAUUACUCUUGAAUUAUUAGAUAUUAUUAGAGAUACGGAGAACGAUGAUUUAACUAGUGUUAUGCAAAAAAUUGUUUGUACAUAUACGCAACAACUAAUGCCAAUAGCUGUAUCAAUUUGUCAACAUUUGGCUGCAACGUUUAGUAAAGUUUUGGAAACUGAUGAGGGUAGCGACGAAAAAGCCAUAACUGCGAUGGGUAUUUUGAAUACAAUAGAAACCUUAUUGAACGUGAUGAAAAAUGAACCCCUUAUUAUGGCACGAUUAGAACCAACUGUUUUACAAGUAGUAGCCCAUAUAUUCAGUCAAAGUGUCAUGGAAUUUUAUGAAGAAGCGCUUUCAUUAGUCUACGAUUUAACCCUCCAGUCAAUUUCUGAAGAUAUGUGGAAAGUUUUGGAACUUAUAUAUCAACUUUUCCAAAAAGAUGGUUUUGAUUAUUUCACCGACAUGAUGCCAGCGUUACACAAUUAUAUUAUUGUAGAUACACCAGCAUUUUUAUCCAAUGAAAAUCAUAUAAUUGCUAUGUUUAAUAUGUGUAAAGCAGUAUUAACUGGGGACGCAGGCGAAGAUCCAGAAUGUCAUGCUGCAAAAUUAUUAGAAAUUAUUAUUUUACAAUGUAAAGGUCACAUUGAUCAGUGCAUACCUUCAUUCGUGCAAUUGGUACUGGAACGUUUAUUGAGAGAAGUUAAAACAUCCGAAUUAAGGACUAUGUGUCUUCAAGUAGUAAUUGCAACAUUAUAUUAUAAUCCAGCUUUGUGUCUUGAAGCAAUGGACAGAUUACAAGGAAAUCUUGGACAAUCCACGGAACCAAUUGCAUCGCAUUUUAUUAAACAAUGGAUUCAUGAUACCGAUUGUUUCCUAGGGUUGCACGAUAGAAAACUGUGUGUUCUUGGUUUAUGCACAUUGAUUAGUAUGGGUCCUGCUAAACCAAAAGCUGUAAACGAAUGCGUUCAACGGAUAAUUCCAUCCUUAAUUUUAUUAUUCGAUGGCCUCAAAAGAGCGUAUGCCGCUAAAGUAGGAGACGGAGAUGAAGAAGAUAACGAAGAUGAAGAAAGUGAUAUCGACGAAGAAGUGUUGUCAUCGGACGAAGAUGAGAUUGAUGAUACUAGUCAAGAAUACCUUGAGAAAUUACAAGAAAAAGUAACAAUAUCUUCGGUAACCCAAGGUUUUAACGUUACUGCCUCUAUUCAAGAUGGUAAUGCAGAUAAUAGAUCUGACGAAGAUGAUGACGAUUCUGAUUAUGACGGAAAUGAAGAAACAGCUCUUGAAAGUUAUACUACGCCUUUAGAUGCAGAAGAUUCUAACCAAGACGAGUAUGUUAUCUUUAAAGAAGUUAUGCAAAAUAUCGAGAGAACUGACACAACCUGGUAUAGGGCAUUAACGGGUCAUUUAAAUGCUGAUGAACGAAAAGCAUUGCAAGAAAUAAUUGUUUUAGCAGAUCAACGUAAAGCAGCAAUGGAAAGUAAAAGAAUUGAACAAAGUGGUGGAUACGCUUUCCAUUCUCAAACUAUACCAACAUCAUUCAAAUUUGGUGGAACACCUUUGAGUCGAUAAGUAUUUUUAAUUAUUUCUACUUGUAUUGUAUAAGUAAACAAAUUACAAGGCAUCUGAAUUGAAUACUAAUAGUUAAAUAAUUAAAAUGUGAAUUGAUUUUGAAAGAGAAGAGAAGAGAAGAAAAAAAUAAUUUGUGCAUGUCCUAUCUACUAUUUUUAUGUAAACCGAUAGUAAUUGGACAAGAUUUUAUUCUGAUAUCUCAUCGAUAAUGCUUAAUUAUUAAAAUAAAUUUUCAUUCAAAUUAUUGUAUAACACA